AGUCUCACCGGGCUUGAUCAGAUGCGUUGAUAUUUCAAAGCAGAGAGACAACAUGGCAACUCUUCGGGUUACAGGCUCUGAUCUUCAAAUUAGUACCAAUCGAGUGAAACACCACACCAACUCUUACCAGAGUAAGGAUCUGAUUGUGAGAAGGGGCUACCCGUUCAGUGCCAAUGUCACUUUUAAUCAGUCAGUCACAACUGAAGAUCAAAUGCAGUUCUAUGCCAGACUUGUUACAGAAGACACAGGUGCCUCUUUGCUAGAAAAUCCAUUUGUAAAUUCAUCCAAUACACCAAUUAACGGCUGGGGUGUCCAGAGAGAAGCAACUGUAUCCAACUCAGUGAGACUGAUCUUUUACACUCCAUCCAAUGCUGCGAUUGGACGUUAUUCUCUUGAAGUGGACAUAAAUAGAGAAAGGACAAAUGUCGGAACGUUUAUACUGCUAUUCAACUGCUGGUCCUCAGAUGAUAGUGUUUACAUAUCAGACGAGGCACAAAGGCAGGAAUAUCUCCUGUCAGAAUUUGGGAUUAUUUUUAUGGGUGAACCGAGUAAUCCACAACACGUACCCUGGGAUUAUGGACAGUUCCAAGACAACAUACUUAAUAUUUGCCUUUCCCUUAUGGAUUCAACUAUAAAUUACCGUCGCAACCCAUCUGAAGAUGUUAGACGACGAAAUGACCCUUCAUACUUGUGCAGAGCUCUGAGCGCUAUCGUGAAUGAUAGAGAUGAUGGUGGUGUGAUUCAGGGGAAUUGGAGUGAAGACUACUCUGGUGGCACAGAUCCAAAGGCCUGGACUGGAAGUGCUCGAAUCCUGAGAAGCUGGUAUCCACAGAAGUCUCCAGUCAAAUAUGGACAGUGCUGGGUCUUUGCUGGUGUUCUCUGCACAGUCAGCAGGGCACUGGGAUUACCUUGUCGGAUAAUUACCAACUUCUCCUCUGCCCAUGACGCAAAUAACAACCUAAUUGUUGAAACGUACUACAAAGUGACAGGUGAACCUUUAGAGAGAGGAGGCGACAGCAUCUGGAAUUUCCACUGCUGGAAUGAAAGCUGGUUUCAAAGAAGCGACCUUGAUGCCAAAUAUAGUGGAUGGCAAAUCUGGGAUUCGACUCCACAGGAAAAGAGUGAUGGUAUGUUCCAACUGGGGCCCACUUCUCAGAAUGCUAUAAAAGAAGGAGAUGUUGAUAAAAAAUACGAUACCAGCUUCCUGUAUGCAGAGGUAAAUGCAGAUGUGGUUGUUUUCAUUCAACAAAAUGAUGGAAGUAUCACAAAAGGAUCUACAGAUACUGUAUCCAUUGGCCCUCUUAUUUGCACUAAAGCAGUUGGCAUGAAUUCCAUGAAUAACGUCACACAGGAAUACAAAUAUAGAGAAGGUACACCAGAAGAAAGACAGGUGUAUAGCAAAGCUCGGAGUUUAACCAGUGGAGCAGUAGGAUUUGUAGCCUUGUCUUCUGCAGGAGAAACUGCUACAGCUCCAAACAGUGACCCUGUUGUGUCUGGAAAGAUAAUCCUCAAUGGAACCCCCACUAUAGGGGAUGAUAUCAAUGCUACCUUGUUUCUGAAGAACUUGACCUUGGCUAACAAAAAUGUCACUGCCAAUGUGAAUGCAAGUGCUAUUGUAUACAACAAACGUGUGAGAAGGACAGUUUUCUCAGAUUCUGUAGCAGUACAACUGGGCCCUAAUGAAGAAAAACCAGUCACAUUACAAAUUCUUUAUUCUCAAUAUGAAAACUCGCUGACAACUGAUAAGAUGAUCCAAGUGUGCAGUGUCUGCCAAGUUGAAGGUUGGGGGGAGCUGUAUGUCGAAGCAAACAUCACACUUCAGAAUCCUCCCCUGGAAAUAAAGACUCUUGGACCAGCUGUUUUGGGUACACCGUUACAAGUGGAAGUCACAUUCACUAACCCUCUCUCCAUGCCAGUAGCUGAUUGUGUGCUGACAGCAGAGGGCAGUGGUGUAACACAAGUGAUCCAUAAAAGCAUUGGAGUUUUGGAACCUGCACAGAAGAUUACUGUCACAUUAGACACUAUGCCCUAUAUGUCUGGAACUAAGCAACUGCUAAUCAAUCUCACCGCAGACAAGUUUCACAGGAUCACGAAUUUUACUACUAUCGAUAUAGCUGAAGGCUGAUGUCACAGAAGGUUCCUCGUACAAGUUACUCCAUUCAGUUACAGUUUUUAGCAGUUAUACUAAGUAAAAUUUUGUCCAUAUGCAUGUGCUCAGUAUACUAUAUAAUAAGUAAACCUCCUAAUUCACAAAAUCGACUAAUGCAUUUAUAUUUAUCAAAUUGUAAUUUUCUAAAGCUUUAAUAAAGUUACCAUUUUGCAUUAUUAUGCAUAUCUGUAACAA